AGAGCUUUCGACCACAUCUUGUUGUCUUCAUAGUGUUUGGUUUUUGAUGAGAAAGUUGGCAAAUUUGGUUGGUCCAAAUAAACAGCCAUAACCACAAAUCCAGCUAAGAUGAGGACAUUGCAUGGUAAAACAGCUCAGGUUAUAGAACAGAACAAGGAACAGAAAUCACUGCCUGUCACGAUAUUACGAACGCUACUUCUUUUUAAGCUGUGAGUAGACUGAAGGCAUCACAUCCAAUAACAUCAGUCCCAAGCAAGAGGAUCCAGUUGAAGAGCAAUGAAUAACUCUAUCAAUGAAAGCCAAAACGUCUAUGACUAUGUCUAUAUGGAUGAAGUCUGUGAAAAAGGUGAGGUGGUCAAGUUUGGAUCCAUUGCCAUUCCCGUGUUCUUCUCUAUUGUGAUCACACUGAGCCUCACAGGAAACAUCCUCGUCCUUGUAAUCCUGGCUUUGUACGAAAACCUCAAGUCUCUUACAAACAUGUUUAUCCUAAACCUGACCAUCUCUGACCUCGUCUUCACCACUGGUCUCCCAUUCUGGGCAAUUUACCACGUCUGGGGAUGGUUGUUUUCAGAAGUCCUCUGCAAAAUUGUGACUUUUGUCUUCUUCACUGGGUUUUACAGCAGCAUACUUUUCCUGACCAUCAUGACCAUCUACAGGUAUCUGGCUGUGGUACACCCUCUGUCUGGCCUGAGCACACUCAAACUCAGUCGCAGCACUGGAGUUUAUGUGUCUUUCUUAUUGUGGAUAGUCAGUAUUGGAGCGGCCAUGCCCUCCCUGCUCUACAGCACCCUCGUCUCGAUCCCCCACAAAGAUGAACACUCCGUGGGCUGUGAAUACAAAGACCCUGUGUGGAAAAGAAUUGGCAUCUUCCAACAGAACAUUUUUUUCUUGGUUGCUUUGGCAGUGAUGGCUUUCUGCUACAUACGAAUACUGUGGAAAAUCACAAGAACAAGAUCUCACACAAAGAACAGAGCAGUGAAGUUAGUCUUCUGCAUCGUGGCUGUGUUCUUCCUCGGUUGGGUGCCGUACAAUUUGGUCAUUUUUCUAAAUGUUUUGGCUAACGAUGUGGUUCCACCACUUCAUACCUGUGAUGCAAGUAUCAAGCUUGACUAUGCGUUCUAUGUGUGCCGGCUCAUUGCUUUCUCCCACUGCUGUCUGAACCCUGUCUUUUAUGCAUUUGUUGGUGUGAAGUUUAGGAGUCAUUUAAAGUCACUGCUGCAUCGAAGGUUCAUUUGCCAAAGUCCAGACGAAGAACAGCAGGUUAGAAUGCAAACAUUCUCCCGUGGAUCAAUGUACUAGUUGCUGUUUAAGUAUAUAAUUCCCUUGCAUUUGCUGCUGCAUUACUGAAUUAAAAAAUGACUAGUGUAAGCUGCACUCAAUAUUCAAAUCUGUAUUGCUGUGUGCCUGUGUCACAUAUGUGGUUUGUUACAUUUAUUUACUGGCACUUUAAAAGGAAGUCAUGUAUUUAAUGUGCAUGUAAAAAUAUUAUUCUUUAGUCACAGUGGAAGUGGACCCAUGAUGUUCAUUUAAAAUAUACACUCACUUUUGUGAUGGCAAGUUUGCACUUGUGUUAUUGUGUCAUACGUUAAAUGUUGGUUUUUCAAAUAUUUAAUUAUGUAAGGGAUUUGCUAACAACCUUUUUGCUGUGAUGCCAGUACAUAUGCUUGUAUAUUUACAUAGUCUGCUCAAAUUUGAAUCUGUUAAAUUGUCAAUGUUCGCACAUUGGAGGAGCUAUCUGUCACAAUCAAUGAUGAAGAGUGGGAAGAUAUCUGAAGACACACUAAAUCAAUUUAAGAUUAUCAGAGGUGGAAAGUAACGAAAUACAUUUACUCACGUUACUGUAUUGCGUAGCCUAGUUUUGUUGGGUAUUUUGUAUUUUUCAAGUAGUUUUUAAAAUCUGUAUUUUAAAAUGUACUUGAUUACAUUUUGAGUGAAGGAUUACAAAUUACAAAUCCCAUCCGUUAGCCUACUGAGUAAAAAAACAAAACCGAAAGAAAAAAAAAGAGAACGGUCGGACCUGAAACUGAGUGGGAGACGUUAGCAUGGACGUAAAUGAGCUGUCAUAUCCCUCAAAAAUGACUUGCCUGAUGCAGAGUGCGCACCGACAUCUGAAGCUCUGCCAGUUAUGCUGCAAAAGCAACAAUGCAUCCAGAUAUGCAGCAGUCAAGACCAGCUUUGUGACAAACUACAAAAUCGCUAAAACAGUAGGCCAUUUUCUGAAGGGGAGUUUAUUAAAGAGUGUUUAGUAGACUCUGUUGUCCCAGAGAAAAAAAGAGACGUUUGAGAAUGUGUCACCUGACAUAAAAUUAAUAUUGAGCAGAAUUGAGUUUAGCCUAUUAGUCCGGCCCUCCACAACAGUCCCUGUUUCUCAUGUGGCCCCUUGGGAAAAUGAAUUGCCCACUCCUGCCAGGACAACGCAUGUAGGAACCUGGCUACAUUAAUUCACAUACAUCUAAUUAGCUCAUAUGGGCUACUUAGGUGUGUAGAAGCUAGCUGCUAGUCUGGGCUGUGAACA